ACGCUCGCAGCCGGCAUUGCAGGACACCUCCGGCUGGCCUUCCUCCCACGGCGGAACCCACACUAGCUGGCCACUGAACGUUCCACGCAGACCUUCGCCUGACCGCGCCCUUCAAGCCGCCCAACACCCUCCUUCUCCUCCACCACCGCCAGGCGGGGGCGCGGGCGCGCUGGCCUUAGGGCAGCCCCUCCCCACCCUCAGGAUGGCUUUGCAACAGCCCCAGGACAAGCCCUACCCAUUCCGCUUUCGGGCCAUUUCUCCACCUUCUUACCCAGCUCCUUUCUUUGCAAACUCUCCCGGCUCUGACAGUCUUUCCAGCGGCUCCUUUCAGAGCUCCGGCCCCCGAGGCUACUGCUUCGAGUGCCCCUUCCCCUGGCACCCCCACCUUCCUGGUUUCUCCCCCACCAGCACGGGCUCUGACCCCAACCUUUUCAGCCCCCUCGAGAGUGGUACCUUCUCCACCCAAGACUCGUCUUGGGCUCAUGGCCAGAAUGUACCGCAAGUGCCUGCGGCUCUGGAUUACAGCCCGCAAGCACCAGCAGGCUUUGCUCAGCCCCAGGCAGUCAGCGGGCCACCCGCUGCCACGUUCUUUGACUUCAAUCCGCAGUGCAUUUCGUCACCAAUCCCUGCGCCAGUUCCUUUACAUGCUGCUGCCAACAACAUGAUGGCCGUGCCGGGGGCAGCACCAGGACUCUCAUGGAAUGACAUUGCCUUCCUCCUCCCAAACGCACCCCCUGCGGGCCCGCCUCCCUCAAUGCUUCGCACCGUGCCACAGCCCCAUCUGCAGCCUAUCAUCCUGCAGAACCCAGAUCCUUUUGUCCUGCAACCCCCACCUCCCGGCAGGAGAGCCAGGGGGCCCCUUGUCCUGGGGCCCCUUGCUCAGCCCAUCCAGGCCCCAGCAGACCCGCAGAGACCCCCUGAUGUGAAGCCAAAGGAGCGAAGAGGUUCCACAAAGCCACUAGAUGCUGCUGCCAUUGCGAGGAUCCAGGAAGCCAAAAGGAAAGGUGGCAGCCGGCAGGAGCGCGUCCUGGGCGAGAUCGCUUUCCAGCUGGACCGCCGCAUCCUCGCCAGCAUCUUUCCCAACCGGAACCGCCUCUACGGCUACACCGUCCAGAACGUCCCCGAGAAAGUGGCGCAGGGUGGAAACGACCCCUUCCAGAAGCUGAGCCCCGAAGAGUCUGCCGCCAUCCUGGAGCGCUACAAUGCCAUCAUGGAGCGCCUGCGCCCCCUGGGCUACGACCCCAAUGUCCACCCCAGGAUGAUGGAGACCAUUGUGAACACUUUUGGCAUCCUUCGGGACCGGCCCGAGGGCAGAGAGGAGGAGGUCAACGACAUCCAGUACCUGCGCAACCUGAUCAAGGACACUGCGCCCCCCGACAUGCGCAACACCUGCAUGCUGCUGCUCAGCUGCCUCCAACAGCUGUCGCAAGACGACGGGAAGCCCCUCUUCAUCUGGUGACCCGAUGGACGACCCCUCCCUAUGUGCAAGGCAAUAAACCUGCUGCAAUAACC